UUGUCCAUCGUUUUCUUCGUGGUCAAAAGAUGCGAGCUUCUUCUGCAGCUUUUUCCCAUUGCACAAUCUCCCGAAUCUACCAGCUUCGCUUAGCAAUGCGAAAUCUUGGCUUUUAUUGGGAAAUAAUUUUCAAACCCAUUGUAUAAUCUCAAACCUUCAACUUGUCGGAACCGCAGAGCCCCAUUCCUGCAUGUGACCUCUGAGUCAAUUCGUUGACUCUUCUCGUGUAUAGUCGUACCAGUUUGUGGAUAUUCCCCGUAUAUUUAGCCCAAUUUUUCUAAUUGUAUCUCCACAGAUGAUCUGUACAUGUGUGUAUGCGUAAAGAAUAUAUAUGCGAGUGAUUAGUGAAGGAGAUUGGAUUUCAGUAGGCUAGGCCGAGCCUGGCGGGUGGCAAACGAGAUCGUCGAGAUGGGUUUUUCUGGGUUUCACGUUCUUGUUUUGCUCGCUUUGUUGCUGAAUGCAGCGGUUCUCUGUAAUGGCGGAACCACGAGUGCCUUCGUGAGGCAAACGGAGAAAACCAUCGAUAUGCCUCUUGACAGCGACGUCUUCCGCGUGCCUCACGGCUACAACGCUCCCCAGCAGGUUCAUAUAACACAAGGAGACCACGAGGGGAAGGGGGUGAUAGUUUCAUGGGUGACCGUGGAUGAACCUGGUUCAAAUUUAGUCCAUUAUUGGUGUGAAAAUUGCAAGGGGAAAAGCGAGGCCAAGGGCUCUGUUGUUACCUACAAAUUCUCCAACUAUACUUCGGGUUACAUUCAUCACUGCACUAUCAAGAAAUUGAAGUUCAACACUAAAUAUUAUUAUGAAGUUGGGAUUGGACACACCACAAGAACUUUCUGGUUCACGACUCCCCCUGAGGUUGGCCCGGAUGUUCCAUAUACAUUUGGCCUCAUAGGGGAUCUUGGUCAGAGCUAUGACUCAAACAUUACUCUCACUCACUAUGAGUUGAACCCAACGAGAGGCCACACAGUGCUCUUCGUGGGGGAUCUUUCUUAUGCGGAUAACUAUCCGGCCCAUGAUAAUGUAAGGUGGGAUACAUGGGGAAGAUUUAUUGAGAGAAGUGCAGCCUAUCAACCUUGGAUAUGGACGGCAGGAAAUCAUGAGAUUGAUUUUGCCCCUGAACUUGGCGAGACAAAACCCUUUAAGCCUUAUACUCAUCGUUACCCUGUCCCGUAUAAGGCAUCACAAAGCACUGAGCCCUUUUGGUACUCAAUCAAGAGAGGCCCAACAUACAUCAUCGUCCUGGCUUCAUAUUCGGCAUACGGAAAAUACACGCCCCAGUACAGAUGGCUUGAGGAAGAGCUACCAAAAGUAAACAGGAGCGAGACCCCAUGGUUGAUUGUUCUUAUGCAUUCCCCAUGGUAUAAUAGCUACAACUACCACUACAUGGAAGGGGAAACUAUGAGAGUGAUGUAUGAGGGUUGGUUUGUGAAGUACAAGGUUGAUGUCGUGUUUGCCGGUCAUGUUCAUGCCUAUGAACGUUCGGAGCGUGUAUCCAAUAUUGCCUACAACGUUGUAAAUGGCAUCUGCUCUCCUGUAAAAGACCAAUUUGCCCCUGUGUACAUAACCAUCGGCGAUGGUGGUAAUCUGGAAGGCUUAGCCACCAACAUGACAGAGCCACAGCCAGGGUACUCGGCUUUUCGCGAGGCCAGCUUUGGCCAUGCCAUUUUCGAUAUUAAGAACCGGACCCAUGCUUACUAUGGUUGGCACCGCAACCAAGAUGGGUAUGCUGUGGAAGCUGAUUCUUUGUGGUUUUCCAACAGAUAUUGGCACCCAGUUGAUGAUUCUAAAAGCAUGCAAUGCUGAUGACACCAAGUCCUGGAAACAACAAGAAGAGAAGAAGAACAGAGCAAAACACAUAAAAAAACAAAUAAGAGGGAAAGAAAGAGACGAGUUAGAUGAUCUGAUGUUGCCUGUUGCUGUGGACCCCACCCUGUAAUAGAUUUCUAUUGAAAGUGAAUAAAGAUGCAAAAACUCUUCGUUCUUGUC